GGUGGAUAUCAUGGGCACUGGAGUCAGUCAAUUUGGCGUGGCGUUCCUCUUGAAACACGUCCCAAAUCUUCGCUCUCUUGGUGACUGCAACUCCGUCCCUGAAGCCCUGGAGAUCCUGGUGGGCAACAAAUCCCUUCAGCGCAGCUCCUUCAUGGCAAGAUUACGGAAGUAUGCCAGGAGAUUCAAGCUUACAAGGGUAAAGGAGGACUGUGUUUCUGCCUCGAAGGUGUUGGUGGUUGCAACUCUCUGCCCAGAAAUUAAGGACCUGAGUCUGUGGCACAGGUUCCGUGAGGUCGACCUUGACAGAUUGAAUGACCUUCAUUUAACUCCAUCACAUUUCACAUCUCACCUCAUGCAGCUGCAAAACCUCAAGCACCUGACGAUGGUCAAUGUGUCAUCACGAUCUGUUGCGGGGGCUAUCCAGGCCUUGGGUUCUCAGCUGACUGCCUUGACAGUCCAGUGUCGGGGUUUAGACGUUCCUGGAAUCUUUGAAAACUGCACCAAUCUCAAGUACUUGACAAUGGAGGGAGAGGAUUGUUCUGCCCCAUACGAGGCAGUGGACAGUUUUCGACACACAGCCCUCACAAGCUUCAGGUGGUGAAGAUAAAAUGCCACCUCCCCACGCCAUACACGGACAUGAUCCUAAACAAUGCCAAGAGCAUGUCCCGGCUGGAAAUUAAUUGUCUCUGUGAUAUUAGCGAUGAUCAGGUGAGCCAGCUGAUCAAUAAUAAGUGUCUUGAAAACUGAAGGAGUUUGAUGUAAGCCGUGCACCCAAACUCACCAUGAUGGCA